AUGCCGAGAGCCGUCAAGGCAUCCAACAAGAGUCCGAAAGACUGUCGCUCUACGCAGAGGGGGAGUUCGACCUGCAAGACAUGCACACCCUGCCGGGCCAAGAAGAUCAAGUGUGACGGGCGGCGGCCAAAAUGCAGCGACUGCGAGGCCACCGCACUUGACUGCGUCUACCCCAGGGAUGCUCGCAAGGAGCUGCGGCCUUCCAGGGCUCGGGUGCAGGUUCUGGAGGACACCAUGGCUAUGAUGCUGGAGCACAUGUCCUCCAUGGGGGUAGUCUUGCCCGACUCGCCCGCCCUGAAGGGGGUUGGGGGCACGUCUGAAGCCGAUUUACCAAGUCAUAACUCCCCCGCCAAUGCAUCGGUGGAAGGACAAGCAUUGCAUGCUCAGGAUGGAUCGUUCGUUGCCCCUCAGGCGGAAGCUGCAAGCCCUCUUCUCCAGGAGGAGGCUGCACCGCAGAUGGGGAUGGGGAUGGGGAUGGAUGCCCUGUAUAAUCCAGGAGAUGGACCGGAUGGCGCCAACCCCACAGGAGAUGAAGAUAAGCACACCGGCCCAAAGGAAGGCCAGGCCACUGCUGGCGAUGGUCGAGGCAUGGAGCAGAGCCUGUCCCCGUGCGAGGCUCGCGUUGCUGGAGUGUUUCACGAGCAAGGGUUUCCUUCAUCGGUGCAUGGGCUGGCAGGCAUGAUGAACCCGACGCUCAGAAAGUCCCACAAGGACAACAUGUCCAAGCUGUUGAAACGUGGGCGAGGCGCCAUUGAGGAGGCCAAGGCAAGGCUUGUGAGCAACGCUGUUCUCCAGAGGCAGCGCGAGAUGCAAAUCUUUCGCCACCCACAGAACACAAUGGACCUCGAUGGCUGUGACCCCGAGCUGGCAAAGCAUCUCAUCGACCUGCACUUCAACCGCCAGCACUAUGCCUACCUGCUCACCUACCGGCCGGCGAUAAUGGACAGCCUGUCUAGAGGGGGUAAUCGUUGGGCUAACAAGCUACUGCUCAACGCCAUCUAUUACUCGAGCACGCUGUACAGCGAUCGACCCUGCCUACAGUCGGAUCCUUCAGACAAACAGAGCGUUGGCAGCCGGUUUUACCGACGUUUCAAGCAGCUCCUCGUCGACGAGAUUGACAAGCCGAGCAUCCCGUCCGCCGUAGCUUUGUUAUUGACAAGCGCCACCUUAAUAUCUCAAGGCCACUCCAGCGCUGGCUGGAACCUGUCGGGCAUGGCAUAUCGAAUGGUGCUGGACCUUGGCUGCCACAUGAUGCUCGGGCCAGAUUACCAAGACGCGGAUGAUUCAAAGCGUGGAGCAAAGCUGGAGCAGGAUCUGGAACGGGAGAUCCGAAAGAGGCUAUACUGGGGAGCCUACCUCACCGACGCAACCCAGGCACUGUAUCUUGGUCGGCCUUGCAUGCUGGCAUCGGUGGCCGCGCGUGUACCGCUCCAGCUCCUCGACACCUUUGAAGAGCUAGAGGAAUGGUCUCCCUACGUCGACCCCGUCUCUCCAUCGCUGACGCAGCCACGAUAUGAUUCUCAGCCAGCAUAUAGUAUCUCGACCUUCUUGUGGCUUGCGAGGCUGCUGCAUAUAUCCACAAAGAUUACCGAACUCUACGAUAUUCGCAUACUGCAGCUCAGCAAUGAUUUGAUCUUUGAGAAGCGGAGGAGCAUAGAGGCAGACUUGGAGAUGUGGGACGAGUCACUGCCGGCCCAUCUAAGAUCCCCCCUCGAGCGAUCCCCAGUGCCGCCGCCUCAUCAAAUCACACCCCACACGACAUAUCACGCAUUGACCAUUCUCAUCCAGAGAGCUUUCCUCGAGGAAGGCCACUUGCGCCGAUGCUCCGACUAUGCCCAGAAGAAGCAAGCAGAGCAAACUUGCUUGGCGAGUGCUCUAUCCAUCCAGGCCUUAGUCCGCCUUUAUCGAGACACCUUUAGCUUGCGCCGAGCCCCUUUUCUAUUAUCAUACGCAGUCUAUUCGGCGGCAACCGUGUUCCUCCACCACGAGGGAAUCCAACGGGGGCGGUUCACAGAGCAAAUAUCCUUCUUUUGGACGUGUCUAAACGAGUUGAUGAGGGGAUGUAACUUUGGCCUGAAGAAGCCCCUGGCCAUCCUGCAAGAUAUUGUGAAUGAGCUCAGGCUGAGCACCAUUGAGGGGGACUCGUCAGAUCUGAUGAAGAACCUCCAACCCAGCCUGGACGACAGCCUGCUCACCUGCUUCAACGAGCAGCACGGCCCCGUGGAGCCGUCGCCCCAUCCUUCGGGGGGAUCCAGUAUCUACAACUUUGGGCUCGAUAGCUUCUUUGGGCCGGACGGUAGCACCUGGGACUCUGGUUAUGGGACUGUAUCAGCCGACACAAUCGGCUUUUUCGAUGAGCAGGAGGAUUUCACCUCUCAGGAUACACUUUAUGGGUUGUUUGCUCCUUAA